AGCACGUGCCCCCACCCGGACCCCAAAAUUCCCCAAUCCGCCCAGCGGCCCCGGUCUCCGCAGCUUCUCCGUACCCGCACCGCCAAAUCCUCCUCGAAUUCCGCCGAUCCGGUCGCCCCCUCGUCGGAACCGCCCGCCCCGCGCACCUACGAUCCCCGCCGCCGGUGGUCGCUCGCGAGGCGAGUCCAGGCGAGUCGGCGGUCCGUCACCCGCCCCCGCGCCGUCGCCGGCUCUACCAAGGAGAAGAUCCUUAUGAGUUGGUUGGCUGUGAAUUCAUAUAAAUUCUGGUACUGUGAAAAUGGGUCAAAAGGUGGCAGGAAGUUCGUGACGAGAUUAACCAUAGACGAUUGAGGCCUGAGUGGAUUUAGGUAUUCUGUUGUGACAGCUUAAGUGGCUCUUCAACUUGAAGACGUUGCUGUUGCCUUAGGAUAUGCUCUUUUCAGCGAGGAGUACAGCCACACACUCUUAGAUUGUAAUUUUUCUUAAUUGGAUUAGUACAGGAAGAUCAGAUACAGUGAAAAGGGAGCGCAGUCGUGAUGGACAGAGCUGGCGGUAACCAAGCAGGCCAAGUGUCGAAGAAAGGAAAGAAGAAGCACGCGAAAGACGAGUCAGACCGGCAGAAGCAGGCUGAGAAGAAGAGGCGCCGGCUGGAGAAAGCGCUCGCAAACUCUGCUGCCAUCAUCUCGGAGCUGGAGAAGAAGCGGCAGCAGAAACAGGAGGAGCAGAGGAGGCUGGACGAUGAAGGGGCCGCGAUAGCCGAGGCGGUGGCCCUUCAUGUCCUCAUAGGCGAAGACUGCGAUGAACCCCGUCAGCUGAGGUGGAACGGCCAUAGAGGCCGCGGCCAUCGGGACGAUUUCGUGGACCACGAACCGGCUCUAGGCGCGCAAGGAGCAGGAGCAGAUACCUAUCCAUAUGGAAGCCGGUCGCCGCUGGCACGGGCCUCUCGUUCCCACAUGCCCCAGUGGAGGCUCACCGACUGUGGCAUGUCCGGGCCGUUCUCGUUCUCAUCGUGGGAGCGAAUGGGCGAUUUUGAGGGGCUAUACUGCAAAGGGACACCCUGCCAGACAGACCAAGACACUUACUGCAAUGGCCUGGUAGCAGCAACCCAGGCCGCCUCUCCAUUCGGAUACGGUUCGGAGGAUCCAUUCCCUGCCCAUGGAACGGAGGGGGCUUCCUCCAUCAACAUCAUGCUGGGCGGUGGCACCAGCAACAGCCUGAACAUCUACAGAAGACAAUUCUAGAUCAUAGUUACUUUCUUUUUACACCAAAGGUCGAUCUUUUCAUUUGCUGUGAUACUUAGCUUUGCGUCGAGAAACCGAAAGUGGAUAUAGGGAAUAUAGGAGAGCCGUCUUACUGUCGAGUCGAAGAAGCGGUGUGUAUUUGGCGUCAGUUACAGACAGUGGGUUUUUGUGAUGAAUUAUUAAAUAUAUGUUUUUGCUUUUACCA